AUCACUGGUCCAACGGCAUUUCUUGAUCUAUGUACAUCCACAGGUACAUCUUUUCAUAUACUACUAAUUAAAUUGUUAGUCUAACAUAGAUCACUGUUGAAUAUUUGUAUUUUCACAUGACGGUCAUAACUAUCAUAAAUUUGAAAUUGAUCUAUGCGGUGCAAACCUAUCAAUUUCUUUUAUUUUGUUGAGAUAGCCUUUAUGUCAGAUGUUAAGUAUAUGUAUUUUUACCCUCUUUAAUGUGCAUAUUAAAAUUAAUCACAAUUUUUUUUCCAUUAUUUUGGGCAUUUUCCACCCUCGUGAUAAGUUCAUCCAUCUUCAAGUCUGUUGCUCGUUUCUUCAUCGACAUUAAUUCAGUCAUUUGGUCAGUUCAUGAUAUUUAUCCAUUCUCUUGAAAGCAUUUUAGAGCUCUCUGAAGAACAGUGUUCCUUUUUUUUUUUUUUUGUCACUAAAACAAACGACAUAUUAGAUUGAUACCUAACUCACCAAGCGACAUAUUAAAUUAUUCUACUUGUUUGGCCCAGCUCAAAAAUGAACUAUUUCAUAUUUUAUGUUUUCUGACUCUUCCGACUUGGAUUCUCAGGACGUCUUCAGAUAACCACACUAUAGUCCAUGAUCCCCUAACCAUACUUUGGAAAGUUCAUGUUGCUCACUAGCAUUGAGCCCACCUUGUAGAAGAACAUCACGGAUCUCCCAUUUAUCCUACAAUAGUUUAAGAACACGAUUGUGUACCCAAACAUAUACUAUCCAUUGUCUUGGAAGAACAAUUAAUAUUCAAUUUUUGGUUAGUUAGUUGGUUUGGUUUGACUCAGCUCCCGCCUUUCGUGUAACUCAUUAAAGAGGAAACCAUGAAAAGAUUGUUGAUCUCAACCAUAUUUUACGACAAAUUGAAUUCUUAGUUAACGAACUCAUAUAGGACCGAGGAAAGGAAAACUUAAUACUAUAGAAUAUGAAUUUAUAUCUUUCUGUUACCGUAGGUUUCAGACUCUGCUUUGGUAAUUUAAUUAUAUGUCGAUGAAUCAUAGUUUUAUGUCACAGUAGAACAUUUUUGAUUUAGCAAACACUAUACAUUAUUUUUGGCGCAAAAAAUCUCUGAAUCUUGAUCUAGAAAAUUAUGCAGGUUUUUAAAAACAGUUUAAUGAAAAUAAAUCAAGAGUUGAUCCAAAUGUUAAAAAUCUAGUCAAUGGUCCCCAAUUGCCAACGGCUCCUUUGGACUCUCCGCUUUAGGGCCCUCCACGCCUUCAUAAAUUCCAACGCUAAUAAACUUUCAAAAGAUUACAUUUUUAAUUCCCCCAAGUGAACGCUUUCUGCAUUCCCAACGCCUUAUUUUAGAAGCUUCCUCGAGACACUCAACUUAACUACUUGUCUUCAUCUCGAAUCUGUCUUUCCUUAACUUUUACACUCUGUUUUGUAUUCUUUCCUUUUUCUCCGACACGUUUCCAAGUUUAGAGGAUGAAACACAAAACAGUUCAAGGACUCGCAGUUCUGUUCUUUUUACUGGUCGUCGUUAUAUCAAAACCUUCUAAAAAUAGAUAAAACAAACACACAGUUGCACUGAAUUUCUGUUUCUUCAUCGUUACCUUUGUCUUAACACCAAAAAUUAGUAUCUUCAGUUAGUUACAAAAAAACGAACUUUUCUUCCUUUUUUUCUUCUUCUUCUUUCCCCUUUUGGAGAGAGACAAACAUAUUCACAAGAUCGAGAUCCGAUCAAAGAUGAGUCUUUAUGUUGUUUGUCUUCCUCUUCUUGAUCGUUAACGAAAUGGCGUCUUCUCAGUUAGAGAUCGCCUCUUUGCGAUCUAACUUCGGAUGCAUCAUCCUCAGAGACCGCAACCAAAGGCAGAACAACCACGACGCCGUUUUCAAAAAGAAGAACAAAAGCCGUCUUGGGUCGCCGGAGAAACCACGUACCGGCAAAGGAAAUAACUUUUCCGACAGCACGAAGAGAAACGACAAACGUGGAGGAGCUUCUUCUCUUGUGCAGAUAUGGGAGGCGAGGCUGAACCGAUCUAGCACCGGAAACUCAUCGCCGAUUCAAGAAGAAACCAACCUUUCGGCUCCAUCUACCGACGGAGAGUCUGAAUCAGAGAACGUGUCUAAGAAUAAUGAUCCAACGGUGGAGGUUGAAUCCGGUGCUCUCGGUACGGUUCCUGAGUCCGGAGAGAGCAAAUGGGGCAGAGUCGCUGAGAUUAUCCGGAAACUGAAGCUAACCGCCGGAGAUAAUGUUCGUGCCGCCGACGUGCUGAACAUUAAAACGCCGAAGCAGGAGAAAAGUAGUUUUCGGGCGGUUACUUGCUCGCCGCGUCUACGAGGACGGCAAGCGUUCUCCGAUUUGCUUAUGCGUUUGGAACGCGACCGUCAUCGCGAACUGGAGUCGCUUGCUGGACGCAACGCAGUUUCUAAGUUUUCUCAACGCGGUCGUCUCCAGUCAAUGUUGCGGCUAAGGACUCUCAAACGCGGCCUACUGAUUCAAGACCGUCAUCUUUCUAGCGCAAAAACACCUGAUCUGAGUCGCUUUGAAUUUGGUUCUACAGUUCUUAACCUAAGGGAAAGAUUCGGGGCAAACGCCACUUCUGAAGCAGAACGGAAGAAGAGACAAGAAACUACCUUAGAAACAGAGAGAAGUACCGAGAGCAUGAAGCCAAAAGACACUACUAUUCUUCUAGAAACGACUUCCACAGAGCGGUUAAGCCCUCGAAACCACAAGAUAGAGGCAGCAAACUCACGCAAGAAAGAAACCGAACCAAAGAUGAGUUACCGUCAGCUGCAAGAAACCACGGUACAAGAAGCUUUGAAAAGAAAAAUUGAUAACACAAGCCCCCACACCAUCGUAACUCUUCAAGAACCGCGUACACCGGAAAAGGAAGUGGCGAACAUUGUGGAAAGCCGUGCAUAUGGAACUCAUGAAACACCGUUCCUUGAGUCACAAGAAACACCGUUCCUUGAGUCACAAGAAACGUCGUUUGUAUGGCAAUAUCAAGAAGAGUAUGAGGAUGAACAAUCUUAUUACGGAGAAAUGAGCAACGACUGGUUUACUGAAAUAUCUCGGCCUCGGACUUACUGGGAAGAUCUGAGGAAAUCACGCUACUUGGAAGUGAUGAACACUCGAUCUGACAAGGACGAUAUAUGCAGACUCCUUGAGAGAAGAACAGUUUCUGAUUUCCUCCAGAGCGAAUUGCGAGAGAAGAUCGAUAAGCUCAUGAUGUCCCGUGUUCAGACACAUCCGGUUCAGAGAAUUGAGGAAGCUGAUAAAGAGGAACAAGAAUGUGAGAUAGGCGAAGAAGAAGAUGAAUUAAGAGAUGACUUGAGUCACACGUCAUCGCAGUUAUUUGCCCCAUCACCUGCAGGAUCAUGGAGUUCUCAGGACAUAGGAGUUUCUUCCACACCUGACUUAUCACCUCUGCACACUCCUCAGUCUACUGAGAUGGAGAUUAUAAGCGAGUUGAGAUCACAGAUCUUACAGCUCCAGCUAGAUAUGUCGGAGCUACGUGACUCUGUCAAAACGUGUUUGGACGUAAACGCUACCCUUCAAAAGUCAGUUCACCGCGAAAAUCCCCUGAAACGCAAAUGCUGCGUUUGUAACGAAUCGCAAGUUGAAACACUUCUAUACAGGUGCGGACACAUGUGCACAUGCCUAAGAUGCGCAAACGAGCUACAAUGUAAUGGCGGGAAAUGCCCUAUUUGUCGUGCUAAGAUUCUAGACGUUGUUCGCGUCUUCUUCGAUUCAAGCACCUAAACAACUAAUGACACCAACGGUUCAAAACGCUAACAAUACUUCACCUUAACCUUACACACGUUUGUUUGUUGUAUAACCCACCCUUUUUUCUUCCUUUGUUUGCUUUUACGUUUAACUGGAGGGCGUUUGCAUUUUGGAUCUGCCUCAGAGAUUCAUAUCAACUCUUUUCUUGACGUUGAAGUUUUCUUCUUCUUGUAAAGACACAUCAUAUAC